AUGAGGUUCAAAUUCCCUCUCAUAGCCAUAGGCCUGGAAAUUUCCAUGAUUGUUUUAUUUGGAUUAUUUGUUCAGUAUGAGACGGACCAGAAUACUCAGCAGCGCAACGUCACCAAGCCAACAGACUUGGCCACAUUCCUUGAGUUAUAUCCUCUGUUCCAAGAUGUACAUGUUAUGAUAUUUGUUGGGUUUGGCUUUCUCAUGACCUUCCUGAAGAAAUAUGGCUUCAGCAGUGUGGGUUUCAACCUACUCAUCGCUGCUUUGGGCCUCCAGUGGGGCACUAUUGCACAGGGGAUCCUGCAUAGCCAUGGACAAAAAAUUAACAUUGGAAUCAAAAACAUGAUAAAUGCAGACUUCAGUACAGCCACAGUUCUGAUAUCUUUUGGAGCUGUCCUGGGAAAAACAAGCCCCAUCCAAAUGCUGAUCAUGACAAUUGUAGAAAUUGCUUUCUUUGCUGGCAAUGAAUAUCUGGUUGGUGAAAUAUUUGAGGCCUCUGAUAUUGGAGCAUCAAUGACAAUCCAUGCCUUUGGAGCCUACUUUGGCUUGGCUGUAGCAGGCAUCUUGUAUCGAUCUGGGCUGAGAAGGGGGCAUGAAAAUGAAGAGUCCGUGUACCACUCAGACUUGUUUGCAAUGAUUGGGACUCUCUUUCUAUGGAUGUUUUGGCCCAGCUUUAACUCGGCCAUUGCUGAACCUGGAGACAAACAGUACAGGGCCAUUGUAAACACGUACUUCUCUCUUGCUGCCUGUGUUCUCACAGCCUAUGCCUUCUCCAGUCUAGUGGAGCCCCGAGGCAAGCUUGACAUGGUUCACAUUCAGAAUGCCACUCUUGCUGGAGGAGUUGCCGUGGGCACUUGCGCAGACAUGACAAUUCAUCCGUUCGGUUCUAUGGUCAUUGGGAGCAUUGCAGGAAUAGUCUCUGUCUUUGGAUACAAGUUCCUAACUCCACUUUUUACUACUAAACUGAGGAUCCAUGAUACAUGUGGGGUCCAUAACCUCCACGGCUUACCUGGCGUAAUGGGAGGCCUUGCAGGCAUUGUGGCGGUAGCAAUGGGUGCAUCCAACACGUCCACUAUGGCCAUGCAGGCGGCUGCACUGGGUUCUUCUAUCGGAACAGCAGUUGUUGGAGGUCUGAUUACAGGUUUAAUCCUAAAGUUGCCUUUCUUGGGACAACCAUCUGACCAGAACUGCUACGAUGAUUCCGUUUAUUGGGAGGUCCCGAGGUUGAGAGAACAUGACAAUCACUUCUACGGACAUGGUGACCACAGCCCACUGGAACCUGAAGUCUAAACACCAUUCCUGCUCUCCAACUUUCUUUCCCAUUAUCUAGAAUCAAGUUCAAAUAAACAAAAAGGCAGUAACCAACGAGAGUAUGGACCAGAGUGAAAAGAUCCUAAGUCCCAAAUGGCCAGUGUAAAAAUGUCCUUAUGUCUAAUGCUGUCUCUUGCUAUUCAAUGAUUAGUUGAGGGCAUGUGACUCAUAAAACAGAUAAUCAAAUAGAGCCUCUCCAGGAUUCCCAGAAUGCUUUUGGCAGUGAGUAAAUACAGACUAAACAUAUCAGUUUCUUGAUGUAGACACUAUGUCUUCAAGCCUCAAAAUUAUAAAACUGAAACCCACAAAACAAGAAUAGAUGUAAGAAAUCUAUGUAAAAAACAAAUUAAAGAAAUGAAUGUGUGUAAAGUAGU